UUCGAACUUUCUACACUCCAUUGUCAGUUUGGUUUUCAUUCCCUUUUGGUACGUUAAUUGUUAAUGGACGGGUACCCUUCUGUGUCGUGUCGGGUUUAAUUUUAGGUUUUAUAUGCAUUUUUGACGUUUUUAUUUCUAUACGUGUGUGUAUGGUAAAGUGAUCGCGUGUGAUGUAUUGUCGAUUUUAUUGACUAAUUGAUGGUUUUAAAUGUUUUAAUUCGAUCGUUCUAACGUCUCGCGUUUUAUUCGAAUUCGACUCAUUUCAUACUUAGUUUGGUGGCGAUCAGUUUGGAAAGCACGUUAUCGGGUUUUAAUUUUCAGUCAGAAAGCGAGAAAUGGAGGGUGAUCAAGGAGCCGGAAGAUCCAGAGGCCGCGGUCGGUCUAAACAAAAGCAACAACAGCCUCCUCCAUCGGUAGCAUCUUCAUCGUCUCAACCGUCGUCUCGGCCUACUGCUGCGCCUUCAACGGCGCCCAGUACCACAGCUUCAUCUGGUUCAACAUCAACGGCGCCCCAGGCUCAUGGCCGUGGAGCUCGUGGCAAGCCCGGUACGAGUACCGCCGCAGCCGCACCCCCAACGACACAAAUGCAAGGAUUGCAGAUCUCUGGACAAAGAUCAGCUGGUGGUAAUGGUAGCUCGAACGGAGGUAAUGGAAAUGGAAACGGAAACGGUGGAGAUAAAGCCGUGGGUCGAUACAACAUCCGAGGUGGAAGAUACAUUGACGGACAAACUCUACAUAGCAGACCCGAAAGCGUUAGGGAAACGAAAAAAGGAGCGUCUGGUCAAGGAACGAAAAUCCAAGCGAAUCUGUUCAGACUUACAAUGAAUCCUAAUUGGACCCUUAAUAAGUAUCAUGUGGAUUUCAACCCGCCUGAAGAUCGAACAAGAAUGAGAAAAAUAUUCCUCCGAGAACAUCGUGAAAAAUUAGGGCAGUACUUGUUCGACGGAUCGACGAUUUUUUCGUCCCAUAUUCUGUGCCCGAAUAAUCAAUCGUUGGAGUUGUUCUCGCAACGUCAAAGCGAUAACGAGAAUAUCAGAAUCACCAUCAAACCGGUAGGAACAGUGGAACCGGGCGAUUAUCAACGUCUUCAGGUUUUCAAUAUCAUCGUUCGCGAAUGUCUAUCCAGAAUGAAUUUGCAGCUGAUUAAGAGAAAUUAUUUCGAUAAGGAGGCGGCCGUGUCUGUAAGGGAACAUAAUUUGGAACUUUGGCCCGGUUAUAUCACCUCGAUGGCCCAGUACGAGUACGAUGUGCUGCUGCAGGCUGAAAUCGUUUAUAAAGUGUUGAGGAAAGAUACGGCUUACGAUUUGUUCAGAGAAUUGACAAGAUCCAGUGGAGAAAGGGGUUUCAGGGACGCUUUUUGUUCGACUAUUAUCGGGUGUACCGUCAUGACCACCUAUAAUGACAAGACGUAUAAAGUAGAUGAUGUAUCGUUCAGCGAAACGCCCGAGUCGACGUUCCCGCAGAAAACCAGGGACGGCAUUAAGCAUAUUUCGUACAAGGAUUAUUUCCAACAGAAAUAUCAAGCUAGAAUCAACGAUCCGAGACAGCCUAUGUUGAUUUCGAAAACUAGCGCCCGCGACAGACGAGCUGGAAUGCCAGAAAUGGUGUACCUGGUGCCCGAAUUGUGCAUAAUGACCGGACUGAACGAUUCGAUGAGAUCGAAUUACACGUUGAUGAGAGCCGUCGCCGAACAUACCGCCGUUGGUCCUUCCGACAGAGUUCGCCGUCUUGAGAAUUUCAAAAAUCGUCUCACGAGUAUUCCCGAAGUGUCGAAAAAAUUGAAAGAUUGGGGCUUAGGCAUAUCCGAUAAAUUGGUCGAAGUUGACGGACGUAUUUUACCGCAAGAGACGAUCAUCGCCGGUCAAGGAAAACGAUUCCAGAGUGGUCCCGAUGUCGAUUGGACGAAAAAUUUACGAACGUCGCCGUUGUUAGUUUCCGCCCCGUUGAACAAAUGGGUAGUUGUAUUCCCGGCCAAGUUAUCGCAAGAAGCGAAAGAUCUAGCGCGUAUGAUUGGCGAUUGCGGACGUGGAAUGAAUUUCAACGUGCCGCAGCCUUCGCCUGUUUCGAUUCCAAACGAUGGUGCUUCGGCCUACGUCCAAGGUAUCGAGCAGGCUGUUAACCAACAUCAUCCCGAAUUGAUCGUUUGCGUUGUACCGAAUAAUAGAUCGGAUCGGUAUUCGGCUAUCAAAAAGAAGACUAUCGUCGACAAAGCUGUACCGUCUCAAGUCGUGCUAUUGAAGAACAUCAAGGCGAAGAGUGCGAUGUCGAUCGCUACGAAAAUAACCAUUCAAAUAAAUUGUAAGAUCGGAGGAGCGCCUUGGGGUGUCGAUAUUCCCAUCAAGGAAGCGAUGAUCGUGGGUUUCGACGUCUGCCACGACUCGAGAGAUAAAUCGAAAAGUUACGGAGCGAUGGUUGCCACGAUGGACUCGACGUUCGGACGUUAUUUCUCGACUUUGGGGUAUCACGCGAGCGGAGACGAACUUUCAUCCAGUUUCCCGAUUAACAUGACGAAGGCUGUCGAACGUUACCGAAAAUUGAAUGGUAAACUCCCGAAUCCCGUAAUUUUGUAUCGUGAUGGUGUCGGCGAUGGUGAUUUAAAAACCGUGUACGAAGUUGAGAUUGAAGCAAUCCAGAAACAACUAAAUCCGUUAUACGAAAAGGAGAAAUCUGCACUUCGUUUCGCAGUUAUUAUUGUAACGAAACGUAUCAACACGAGACUUUUCAAUAAUGGACGUAAUCCGCCCCCAGGAACCAUUGUCGACGACGUGGUUACCAACCCUCACAGAUUCGACUUUUUCCUCGUUUCGCAAUCCGUACGUCAAGGAACCGUUUCGCCGACGCAUUACAACGUGUUACACGAUACGACUGGCCUUAAAGUUGACCACUUCCAGCGGCUUACGUAUAAGAUGACGCAUAUGUAUUACAACUGGAGUGGUACCGUAAGAGUCCCAGCACCGUGCCAGUACGCUCAUAAGUUGGCGUUCCUCACGUCCCAAAGCGUUGGUUGCGCACAUUCGAAUUUGGACCAACUUCUUUAUUUCCUGUAAAUUGACCGCGUCGACCAGUACAAAGUUUCGAAUUUUUUAUUUUUACUGUUUUGUUAUUAAAGGUAAAGCGUAUUUUUUUAUCUUAAGCGAAGAAUUUGUUUUUUGUUUUACUCUCUAAGUUGACUUUUUGAUUUUUCUAAGGACGGAAUUUUUUUCGCGAAAAUUUUCUAUCUUGACCCGUCAUUUUACGAUUUGUUUUUUAAAGGUGAAUACGUGUGAAAGGUUACCCCGAGUCUUAUUCUCUCGAAUUAUCUAAGUUUUUGCGACUUUUUUAACACCCCAGUCAUCCGGACUGAUAUUAACAAAAAUGAAGAGACGACUUUUUUUUAACCCCCGCGGGUUGAGGUUUUUUAAAAUUUAUUUUGACACGUUUCCUUUUAUAUUAACGAAUUGUGAGUCGUUAACUCGUUGACUUUCACGUGAUAUUAAUUCUAAUCAUUUAAAAAACGAGGUGCGAAUGGAAUCAAGCUUUCCCAAAAAAUGAAACGAUAUGCCAGAGUUCUCUAUGUAAUAAAUAGAUUACGUACGUAGGUGUUCUUUUUAGUUACGUAUACGUACGAUGCUAAUUUUAGGGAAAUGUCGCGCACUAGUCUGAUCUCGUUGUUUUCUCCUUAUUGGGUUAAAUGAUGACGACGAUGAAAUUCAGUGAAAAAGACAUUUUCAUUUUAUGAUGUAUCGUCUCAUUUUGUGUGAUAAUUUUAAGCGAAAUAAUUAUAAUUAUUUUACAUUAUAUAAUUUUUAUACCUUGA